AUGCUGACACCCCAGCCCGUCCGUAGCCACUAUGCUACCCCCACAGCCUGGGCCAACUCCGUGUGUUGUUGGAGCCAGAAUCACAACCUAUGCAAGCCUCUAGUUGAUGAACGCUUUGCAGAACGCCUCGCCACUGGUCUUCGCGCUCAAGAACAACGCCAGAAAACCGCCCAUCCGCCUCAUCAAGAGGCAUCUCUUCACACUCCGCCUUCUCAAAAGGCACCGUAUCAGUCGCAGCCGCAAGCACCGCACCACCAAACUCCUCCAUCUCCGAUCCCUCGUCGCAAGCGCCAUAUCUCAAUAGACGAUUCUCCGCCCCAUUCUUCGGCUCCGAAUCAAAAUCACUCGUCUGUUCCACCCAAACACGCUCCCAACACCGCACCGGCUGCCAAACGGUCCUCUACACCCGCAAAUUCACCAGAAGGGACCAACGUCCACGAUCCUGACUCCGCUCCUCAAGACGCCACUGAGCCACCUUGUUCCGCAAACACCCGCAACACCGCUCCGCCAGAGUCCCCAUCUCCGCCUCUGUCUAACAAUCUGCGCCUCGCCGCCGACCCCAACUUCCUCAGGGCCUACGAAGAGCGUGUUGUUGCCGAGCGCAUUGAAGAACUCCAUCAACACAUUGAGUUUCUGCUUACUCGCUCCAAUCUUCCGCCGCCGGACCGUGUUCGCUACUUCACCGGUAUCCUCCGCUCAGAUCAAGUUUUCCGCACACGCGCCAUCGAUGUUCUCCCCAUUCAACCACUAGAUCCCGCCAACGACGCUCCUCAAGAUCACGCCUGCCACGGUACUAGUUUGUAG